UAGGCAGUUUGUUUACUUCGGCCGUGCCGUUCGCUCGUACAAUGCUACCUCUUUGUGUUUUUUUUUCGGUUCGAUCCAACACUACUUGUUCAAAAUAGUGUUAAAGUGCUAAAAACAACUUUUCCUGUUGUUCCUUAUACUGAUUUAUUAAUGUUUGAAAUAUCUUCUGUGUUGGCUGUGUGUCAUAGUUAUUAUUUAUAUUCUUAAAGUUCAUACUGUUGUAUGAAAAUAUGAUAAUCAGUGAAUAAUUAUUUUUAUAAAAAUUGACUACAAUUUUUUACAAUCCAGUUAUAGCAUAUUUGCAACACCAAAUGUUUAAUAUUUAAUCAACCCAUCAUGAUUAUACUACCGGUAUUUGGACUAAUCCUGACAGCCGCAGUGCAAAGAAUACAUGGUCAAUGCGAAUUUCCCUCUCAAUGGUCUGGCCGAUGGUUUCAGUCCGGAGUCAACCACCAUAUCCAAAUUAACACUACUAGCAUACAAACAAAAGGACAUUGUGUGCAGAAUAUUGGUGACAAAUUUUUGAUAGAGGACAGAAACGAAGAAGACUGCAGAAGAUGUUUAGUAAUUACAGAAAAACAUCAGAACGUCAUACAAUAUAAAGAAAAUGCACUUUGCGAGAAACGUAGUUUAGAAGAAUUGUGCGGCGAAAUAACCAGUGAUGCUCCUCUGUACUCGAUGUUUAGGGUUGAUGCUACACCCAUUUCGUGUCCGUUCGAUAAUCUUCAAGCUCCAUUUCAGUUUUCAUACAGCCGAGGCGGAUAUACAGAGUGCAAAUCACCAAUGUCUAGAGCUGACUCGUGUACAUCAGAUUCUAGGCUAAUGCUCAAAUUCCAAGCGUGUCCAGAUGUCCUCAACACAGAGAGCACAGUCGAAGAACUUCUUUGUUUGGCCACUUGGAAAGACGGUUCGACAAAGUACAUGAUUGGAAAACUAGAGCAUACCCCAACGUCUACCGACGAAGAAAAGUACCGUUGCUUUGUAGUAGGCAAAUCGACUGGUAAUUCGUUCGAGAUGGCUCAAUCUGGUGACGCGACUUGCAAUGGAAUGUCAUCACCGACCGAUGGAUCCAGAACUAUGAAAUUUCAUCGAGUGGAGAACAACCACCAUCACCACGGUAGCGGUUCGGGUUGCCGGUACCCAUCGUGGUUAACCGAACACCACACCUGGCAUUCGUUAAACCACGGCCAUGUAUACCAUUUCUCCCCCAGGAACGGUACGCUGAGAAAAAGCGUUCCCGGCGCUGGGCCCGACCACGACAUCCGCGCCACUUGCCACAGGGUACUCAAUGUUACCGACAACAAGGCGUUGAUCGUCACACACUACACCAUCGGAUGUCAAAGCGGAUAUGCUUGCAUGUGGUUCCAUCGGCGUGACAGUCAAGUCGUCGAAGUCCAAGAAAGUGAAAAUCCGGUGGAAAACGCAGACGACGCCUGUCGACCGGAGAACUUCCACUCACAGCUGUUGACGUACAACACGUUAGUCCCUCCUUCGCCCAAAGGUCGAGAAUGCCCUUUCUCGGGUAGAUACGAGAUCAGCGGUGGUCUAAAUGGCGACGACGUUGGUAAAGCUCUGGCCGCAAGUCGGCCCGGCAGUGAAAACGGACAAGACAAACCAAUGCCGUGCAAUCCGCCAGGUAAACAAUACUUGACCGUCGGAUGCAACUCGGCCGACACGAUGGAAUUCCAAUCAGAAUGUGGGACAAAAACGGUAGCCGCUUACACUUGUUAUGGUCACUGGAAGAACGAAGCCAGCGGUAUUAACUAUGUAAUAUCCACUCAACAGGGACGAACAGCUUCCAAUUCGAGAAGAUACUGUUUUAUCAUGUCCCAAGUUAAUGGAGCACAGAAAAAGACUUUGAACAUUCUUUCCGUUGUAGAAUCUUGCCAUCCACACACAAUCGGUCGACUGCACUGGGCAUUCAAUAUAACACAUCAGGGCCUAUGUGAUUCAGAAUCUAAUGUGGCAACUGUGUUAAGAACAUCGUCAACGUCUUUAGUUAUGGUAGUCGUAUCGUUAUUAGCUAUCAUAAUAAACAGGUGAUCGGUUACUGACAUCUGAGCAAUCGAUUAAAAAAAACCAAAUUAAACAAUAAAAAUUGUACACGCGUUGAUAUGUGGGCUUGCCAAAGAAAUGAAAAAAAAUUAUUGGGUACAAUUGAUAAAGAGAGCGAGCCGAUUUUUAUUGUUUUUUUUUUUUUUAUUAUUAUUAUUAUGAUUAUUAAAUACCAACUAUAUUGUGAUUGUAUUUUUAACUAUUUUUAUUAUUACUAUUUUCGUUAUCCUAAAAUUAAUCUUUUUCUUUUGUGUAAAGGCUACUUUGUUUCUCUUUGGAAUUAUUGUGUUAAAAUUUUGUAAUACUAUUGUACUUUGUAAAAUUAUUGUUUUAUCGUGAUGGUGCAAAAAACCGUGUUUGUUAUGAAAUUGUAGAUAUACACGAAUAGAAAAAUAUACUAUUUGAUGGUUAUUAUAUAAAUUAUUAUUUUGUAA